AUGUUGUCUUCAAAUUAUUCGUUUAAUGCCUGUACUGAACCCUGUAAAAAAAAAAAAAGUGAUUCAAUUGAAUCCACAUGGUUAUCUUCUUCAGAUUUUGGUGAAUGUUACACUCGAUCCUUGGACAGCCAUUCGUAUCCGUGUUUGAUUCUCGUGUUCAAUGGGAAAAAUCUUGAUAUAAAACCGGAUGUGAUUCACGAAAGUCUCUCUGCGAUAUCAAUAAAACAUUAUUAUGGAAAAUGCUACGAUGAAACGAAUGUAAAAGAUACUGAAAAAGAAAUGGAAGAAAUUUAUUAUCAACCGGAUGAAUUGGGCGGACUGGAAUUAUUCGGAUCAGAUUAUAAAACAUUGUCGUCUGUAGGUUCCAAAUCAAGCGGUAAAAUUUAUAAUUCUUCUCCUGAAGAAUCUUCAGUAACGGAUGAUACGUUACCCAUUUGUGUGAGGCAAAAAAUAAACUGUAGAAAUUCAUUUUGGAAUCUUCAUAAACCGGAACUUUGUAAAUUAACGUGGCCUCAAAAAUACGUGAGUAAGGCUACCGUCAUAGAUCAUUUGCACGAACAUUUAAUUAAUCACGGUCCCCUUUGUGCGGAUUUUCACGAAGAAACCGACAGAAUUUCCAUGCUUAACACUGAAUUAAACGAAUACGGAAGGUUAAAAGUUUUGGCAUCGCCUCGAGUUUUACCCCCCGAAGAAACAUCUUUUUAUUUACAAAAAAAGAAUAAUAAUAAAAUAAAAAAUGCACUUUCGAAUUUCAAAUGUAAAGGGAUUACAAUAAGAAAACCUGUACUUCAGACGGAAGUAAAAUUUAUUCAAAUAGACGACGAUGAUGAUGAAAUAAUUGAAAGAAAUAAUAAUUUGCGGAGGUCAAAAGGUGAAUUUUGUCUCACAAUAGGAAAACAUAUUCGAAAACCGCCAAAAAUAAAAUCAUCAACGGAAGUUGAAGACGCACAAAGUCAUUUGGACUUACGCGUUGGUAUGGAAUUUUUAAAAAAAAAUGAAAAUUUUUUUUUCUAUACGUAUAUGAAAAUAAAAUAG